AUGAAUGGAGUGAACUUUGCAUCUGCAGGAACUGGUGCCCUUGUGGAAACUCAUCAAGGAAAAGUGAUAGACCUUAAAACACAAUUACGUUAUUUUAAGGAAGUGGAGAAGCUACCAAGGCAGAAAUUAAGCGAUGAAGUAGCUAAGACAUUGGUGUCCUCUGCUCUUUACUUGUUCAGCAUUGGAAGCAAUGACUACUUUGUACCUUUCAUUACAAACCCCACUGCGCUUCAAUCCUACAACAGAAACGAGUACAUCAGGAUGGUUAUCGGCAACCUGACAUCUGCAGAUGAGGUUCAUAAUCAAUUUGCAAAGUUGUUGUGGAGUGGAAAUCCUGAUGUUGGAGGGCCUUACAGUGUCAAAACACUGUUUGAGGAAUAG